AUGUCAUCAAAACUCACUGAUGUCUUUGCAUCCCACCCUCUCUAUCUCCACCAAGAACACCCUGAUGACUUUAAAUCAUUACAUGAAUUACCAGAUCAGUACAAAUGGACACGAGUCCAUGAGUAUCCUUCUCUUGAUUCACCUACUUUAAAGUCUGUGACCAUCAUUGAUUUGAACGACCCAAAUGCCAUUCAACUCAUAGGUCAUGCAUGUAAAACUUGGGGUAUUUUCCAAGUUACAAACCAUGGAGUACCACAAAAACUUGUUGAUGACAUCGAAUCUGCUACUCGAUGCCUUUUCACCCUACCUAUGGAGCAAAAGCUCAAAGCAGCGCGUCCCCCGACUGGUUUUUCAGGUUAUGGGUUUCAUCGUAUAUCUGCCUUCUGUGAAAAGCUCAUGUGGUCUGAGGGCUUUACUAUUGUUGGGUCACCACUUGAACAUUUCCACCAACUUUGGCCUGAAGAUUACCUUAAGUUUUGUUCUAUUUUUGAAGAAUAUGAGAAAGAAAUGAAAAAGCUUGCGGAGAGGCUGAUGUGGCUAAUGCUUGGGUCAUUAGGCGUAUUCAAGGAAGAUGUCAAAUGGGCUAACCCAAAUAGUGAACUUGAAGCUGCAUCUGCUGCCUUACAAUUGAAUUCUUACCCAGCUUGUCCAAAUCCAGAUCAAGCCAUGGGUCUGGUUGAUCAUACUGAUUCAAAUCUCCUCUCAAUUGUCCACCAAGGCAAUAUUAGUGGUUUGCAAGUUCUCCGAGACGGGGGUUGGAUCAUGAUUCCACCAAUCCCGAGUGCUCUGGUGAUCAACGUUGGUGAUUUAAUUCAUAUUUUGUCUAACGGGUUGUACCACAAUGUCUUCCACCGUGCUGUGGUAAAUCGUACUCAUCAUCGUGUAUCAGUUGCUUACCUAUACGGACCACCGAUAAGUGCAGAAAUCUCACCACUUUCAAAAUUGGUAGGACCAAGCCAUCCUCCCCUCUAUCCCUCAGUAACUUGGAAAGAGUACCUUGGCAUCAAGGCAAAAUUUAACAACAAAACGCUUUUAUCACUCCGCCUGGAUGACACAUCUCCCAAAUAA